ACUACUGACGGUGUUUUCAUUAUGAAGGGCUGUAUACAGUGUUUAAGAGUCAUACUAGUAGUUUUCAACUUCCUGGUUGUGCUUAUUGGGUUGGCCGUUUUGGGCUUUUCUGUUUACAUCUACCUGGAACCAGAGGCGCAGGACAUCAUACUUGCGUCGGGACAGCAACAUGCGGUACAAAUCAUGUUAUAUGCUCUUAUGGGUAUCGGUGGAAUUACUUUAGUAAUAGCGCUGUUUGGCUGUUGUGGUGCUUACCAUGAAUCGCAGUGUCUUUUGGGAACAUAUUUCACUAUCCUUAUAGUGAUCUUUGCAACUCAAGUAACAGGAGCCACAUUGGGUUAUUUAUACAGAGAGGAGAUUAUGAAAUAUGUCGAUGAUCGUAUGAGAGAAGGUAUUGAAGAGUAUUCAAUGCUACGUGAUCAACGUGAAAAUCCCGUACCGUUUAUGGAUUCAAUACAACGUAUGGUAAGUUAUUGUUUUCUCAGAAAAAUUUUAUCGAUAUUAUUUCAUGUUAAAACUUGUUCAUUCAUAUUUGUUGUUUUUGUUUCUAGACAUUGACUGUAAAUAAAUAAUAUUCGCUAAAAUUAACCAAAUUGUAUAGUGUAUUUUUUAUUUAUAUCGCUCCCACAUGCGAGAUUUAUUCAUAAAUUUUAUUAUUUAUUUUCACCAGUCUGAAACAUGACACAUGAAUAAGAAAAGCAAAUAAAGUUUGGUUUCGCUUAGUGUGCUGACAUUUUCAGCUUUUGAGUUUCGUAUUAAUUAAACUUAAUACUAAUUUGUUUGAUAUUUAUUAUUUAAGCUCUUAAUAAAUUCAAUUAGUAAUUUUUUUUUAUGGAUUCACUUCUACCUGAAGUUUGGGUUGACGAUGUCGUUCAGAAGAACGAUGAGAGCUCCACGACCAAACCAUCCAGCUCAGAGAACAAAGCUCUAUCAAAAUCAUCCACCUGAGCUACGAAUCUUCUCCACCAUCUCAGUUAGUAAUCAUAGAACUACAUAAUUUUGAUAAUUAACUAAAAUGUACACCGCAUUGUUAAUCGUUUCUUAGUUCAGUCACUGUAAGUGGUCUUCUGUGAAUUAUUUUUAUUCAAAAGUUCUAUUUAAUGUAAAAGUCAAAUCUUUAGAAUCUUAUCAAUAAAAAGAAAAACAAUGAGAGUACGUUUGCUUUCAGUUUAGUUUUAUGUGAUAUCAUAAAGUCUGACGGGAUUUACUGUAUGUAAAGGGUAUAAUAUUGGUCAUUUCAUAACGAUUUAUCCUUGUAAAUAAUAACUCAGACGACUACAUCAAGACAUGCGUUGUUUGUUCAGUAGACAAUAUAGCUGAAUGUUUUAUUAUACAGUUUUCCCCUUGAGAAAUUUGAAUAAAAUAACAACCAAGAAUGUGGUAGCAAAAUAUAGAUUUAUUCGUCUUGUAGGUUUUCUUCAGCUGCUUAAAACGUUGAUACAGUAGUAAUAAUUAUUUAGAUCCCGUAUUAAUACUUUACAUCAUAAUAAUGAAGACUGGUAAAAAUGCGAAAAAAUAUAGAAGGAUUACGAGGGUACUCUAGUGAUAAAUCAUUUUCAAAAUCUUUCCAAAUUAUCAAUACUCAAGCAACUUCGAAUUUUUUUAAUGUUCUUCAGGAGUCGUCUCUAUUAGAAGAGUGAAAUUAAUCCCAGGCAUCCAAAAGGAGAUAUACUUAUAUAUCUAACAUUACCCUAAUGACUCCAACUUCCAUCAACAGACUACAUCAUACCUUAUUUCAUGCUCUCAUCUAUAAAUUCCUUUCCUUCAUUCUUGUGUCAUUUUCUUGGCUUUACUCAUUUUAUCCUAUUAAUAUACCCGUUUCUAAAAUUGUUGUCACGCAACUUUUUACAUUAAUUUUCAUUUUAGAGAAACUUGUGUUCAAAUUUUUCUUAUUAGUUAACAUGUAUAUGUUUUCUAGAAAUCUUAUUCACUUACUGACUUGAAUUUGCUAAUCUCCGUGUAUAUGGAUAUGUUUCAACUAAAUUAUACAAUUGUUUUCAGGUUGACAGUGAAAAGAAUCAGAAUUCCGUCAAUGUAUAAAGCUGAGUAAAUAUGAAAUGAUGUCAAUAUUCAAAAUUCAGUGCAAAGUUUGUAAUACACGGCAUUGAUGUUGAUUAUCAGUUUUCAUAUUUACUUGCUAAAGCUUUCUAAUCAAAUGGUUAUGUGUUUGCCAUCACAUUAUUUACGGAGCAUCAAACUGACCAACUAAGGGAUUGUUAAGAGUAGUGAGAAUUGUAAAGUAAAUAUGUUUUGAUACUUUACUUCUUAAAAUGUCAAAUUAGAGUUCACUCACUAUUAAUGGGACAUUCUGUAUGGGAACUGCUUACUGAUCUAAACCUCUCAUUCUUGUAAAAGUGAAGCGUGUGUAAUAUCAACUUUUAAAAAACAUGUCUCAACAAAGCAGUUAAUGAAUAAUUGAAUCCCCAUAUUUUUACUAAUUAAAUUAAAUUUCUCAUAUUGAUGGAUACUUGUGAACUUCCUUGUUUAUAUACAAAUGACUGUAAUGAAUAUUCAUUAUCAUGUGAUAGAAAUAAAUUGUCCAAAGUCAAAUGCCUAGUACCUGUGUGUUUAACGAUUUCUUUGUGACUGUCUGUUCUCUAACUGGACAAAGUGAUAGGCGGGUUUCAUUUUCUCUAUCUAAAUACUUUCACUUUGUUAAUUUUCAUCUUUGUGUAGUUGCGCUGUUGUGGUGUCAAUGGUUACGAAGAUUACCGUGAAAGUAUACCCAUUGCAUGUUGUGAUCAUCAUGUAAGCACAUGUCUAAAUGCAUUACUGUCACCCGAAGAAGUUUAUAAAGAAGGUUGCAAAGAUAAAUAUAAAGUAAUGUUGAAAGAUAAAUUGGUCAUUAUAUUCCUUGCAACUGUUUCUAUUGCAGCUUUUGAAAUAUUUUGUCUUCUCUUUUCAAUGGUUAUGUGUUGCACAAUUCGACAAUAUCAUUCAGAUUAUUAUGGAGUCAAUUAUUCAAUUGCUACUUGAUCAACGGAGUAGUUUUUUUCUUCUAAUUAGUGUUAUUUUUUAUCUAAUAUAACACCAGGUACUUUUCGAUUAUUUUCAUGUUUUGUUGUUUUCCAAUCCAACCUUUUUGCUUUCGUUGCUUGUUAUUCUUACUGUCAUUUUUAAAAAAAUUGUUUCUUUGGUGAUUCAAUACCAACCUUUCAUUUUUCUUUAUUCCUAUAUUUCAAUCGUGGAAAAUUCAAAUUCGUAUUUAUGCGAUCCAUUAUCCUGGUAAUACUUUGUGUUAAUCUAUCUAGAAAACCACAAAGAAACAUCGAACUUCUUUCUGGUCUAUGUGGAUGAGUGUAAUUCUGAUAGUACUAUUUUGUCAUUUUCUAUUUUAUGGAAUUAGUAUAAAUUAAACGUUAUAUCAUUGUCAUUUAUAAUGCUCAUUUCAGCUAUCCUCUCCGCUUACAUAAUAACCAUCAUUAAAUUUUGUUUUGAGAACAAAAUAAUAUUUCAAUAAAUUUCCCAUUUUCUAUUCAUCAUCGUAAUAUUUAUUAAAAUUGUUUUUAUUGGAGUCGUUUUCUUAAUUCACAUAAAUUUCAUUGAUUUUCAUGUAAAACAUAAACGUAUUGUUUGACAUUAUCGCCAAUUCCUUCCUUCCUUCCUUCAUAAAUCAUCAUACUUAUAAAAAUUCUUUUAAAUCAUGUGGUAAAUUUAUAAUUGUGUAAUUUUUUUUUGUAGACUAUUGAUCACCAUAUUAGUUGACCGAGUGAAUAAAUUAGUAGUUCUUCUUUAUUAAUUCUUUUUCUUGUUUCAAUUUUUGAUUUGGCCUAAUAUUAUUACUAUUAUGGUUCAUUCAUUUGUAUCUAAUUCUCUUUCAAAUUUCUUUUGCCAUGUUUGCAUAUUGAUUUUUGUUUUCUACAUCUUGUUAAAAGAAAUUGUCAUCACAUACUUUUUUGUGUUGGUUACACUUAGCUUCCACCAAUACGUACACACAAACAUACGCUUGUACAGUGUUCAGAAAAGAAGACGACAAAAAAAGAGAAAAACUGUUAAGCGAGAUAUAUGCGUUCUAUCGAACGUUUGUUCUUUCUGUUGUUGUUAAUGUUUCUGUUGUAUUUUGCUGUUCUUAUUCUAGUCAUCGUUGCUCUUUUCAAGCGUAUUCAACGUUUUUUUUUAAAAAAAGUAAUAUUGUACACAUUUUCAUGCAAGUGGUAAAUAGCAAAACAAAAGAUAAAGUAUUAACCUACUUCAUGUCACUAUAUAUCUAAAUGUAUUGGGGACAAAUAGAGCUAGUUUGUUCUUGAAACUUAUUGAAAUAUUGAUUAAUAUAAGUGAAUAGGUUACAAAGAAUGCCUUGAGGUUUAUUAGACUAAGUCAUUAAACGAUUAGACUAUGAAUAUCAAUCAACUAUGGAAACUUUAUAAUUAGUGCGUGUGUAUGUGUUAUUUAGGUAAAUUAAGGUUACAGUUAGUCAUAUAGUUACAAAACUUGAAAUAAACCUAUAAACAAACACACCAAAAGUAUAACUUACUUAUAAAUAUAAUAAUUUAUGCUGCUAACAUUUGUACCGAAUAUAGUAAGUCCUUUGCUAUGUUGUUGUUCAAAUUCUUGUUAUUGGCACCUAAAGCAUGAUUCUUGUUGUGAUUAUCUUCUGCUUUACUAAUCUCAAAAUUGAUUUUUACGUUACUAUCUUUAAUUUAGUUCACAACUUCCAAGUGAAUAAGCUAACUGCAUUGAACUUUUGUUUCUCUUUGCCCUGUUGUUUUUCAUCCAUUCUGUGUUAUGAAAAAACAAACAAACUAGGUAAUCAAAUAUUGAUAAGAUAUCAUAGCUCAAAGUUUUU